AUGACUGACUGUGCCUUUCUGCCGUCCACGUGUGAUGCAAAUUAUCACGAGGAAGCUACUCCUCCAAAUUUGCCGAAUACAGACCCUGCUGUUCAAACGGAUUAUCACCCUGUGGAGACAGAGUCUACCAAAGGAGCUGGGGAACCGGUGGAAUCUAAUGGUGACUAUAAUUUAGAAGUCCCUUUACGUCGAAGUAAACGAGGCAAGGGUAAAGGUGCGAACAGUACUGCCUCCGCCACUGCUGCUGGUGGUGCCAACACAGGAGCUACCAAUGGCAGUGGUGGAGGCGCUGCCGAAGAACGGGUUUCCUCGUGCCUCGUUAACGGGACUGAAUACCAAACCGGCAAUUUCGUGUACUACGAGGAACCCGACUUCGAGUAUUUCACUAUUGGGCUCAUUGAAGAGAUCAAAUUCUCCCGACGUGAUAAAUUUGCAAUCACAGUAAAAUGCUUCUACCGGACUCAUGAUAUUCCCGAGUCGUCCAAACAGUGUAUACUUGAACGCGAGCUGUUUCACUCACCGUCGAAUUCACUACGAAAAGCUGAGGUACUGUCACGUGAGCUAUUUGUCUCUGAAGUGCAGGAAACAAUCGCCUCGAAGCAACUGCGUGGACGUUGUAAAGUUAGCCAUUUACAAGACCUACGCACAGCGCUGAACACUUUCUCCCCGGACGAGGAAGAUUGCUUUUUCUACGUUUUUGCCUACAACCCGGAAACUCGAAGACUAAUGCAUACUCGUGCUGAGAUCCGGGUAGGUCAUGCCUUCCAGGCCAACAUACCACGCUUUCGACAUCUACCGCCUGCGACCUACCAUCCACAUCCACAUAAACUUCGGUGCGGCAGAAGUUGUCGCUUUCUCCACAGUACCCAUGGGCAUUACCCACGUAGAUCUAAACUACCUCGUGUUCCGCCUGGUGGGCUGCUUGAUGAGUCGAAACCUGAACUUGAUGAACGAACGCAUUCUCCCAUCGCUGCCGCUUCAGUAACGGAAGCUCCUCAUAGUAUGGAAGAAUGCAUUUCUCAGAAGCAGCCUCAAACAAUAGAGGAACAAUGCAAACUUGAGGAUGCUGAUUUGGAUACGGAUGUACCAAAGUCUCCUCCCGCCUUGGAGAACUUCUCUUCCGUACGGCCUAGAGAGGAUUCCCCUUCAUUGGCACAUCUUCAUUCCCAUCGUCACACAGUUGCAGAAUCAUCUGUCAGAAAACUGCUUUCCCGCAGACGGCGUGCUAGACGAUUUGAAACCUUGACUUGGCGACCCCACGGUUUAGCCAAGAGGUUAUCCGCAGCAAACAACCUUAAGGCAUCUGAGGUUAAUCAUUUGUUCAAUGGUGAUAUUAUGGAUGAGCCUCUGAAAACCUAUUUGGAUGCGGUGCGAUCGAUGGUGGCGUUCUUCGGGUUUGGCGGUGCAGAUGAUGAUUUAUCAUCAGCUGAGAACGGCCUUACUCUUGCCAAUCUGGCUGCAACUACCCAACAUGCAUACGACACUUUGCACAAGUCGGGGUACUCUCUCAAACAUGCUCUUCAGAGUAUAUCCUACAAUCCGAUCGCAUCCAAGGCAAGUGGUGCCCUUUACUCUUUCCCGGCACUCUUUAACGAGUACUCGUAUACUGGUGCUUAUUUAGCCAACUCUAGCCUCUCAUCCGAUACGCCCCGACAUUGGACAGCUGAUCAGGUACGCCUUUUCGCCUAUGCACUUCGAGUCCAUGGGAAGGAUUUCUUUGCAAUUCAGCGUGAUUUCUUCGGUGGUCGGGCUUCGGCCAUCGCAGCCACACCUUCAACACAGCUGGGGCAUCCAGGAACAGGCAAUACCCCAUUAUCUGGACGGUUACGUGGUAGGGGACGUCGCCGAGCUGGUGUUUCUGGGGCGAGCUGUAACCAUAAAGUAAAGACCGAUGAAGAGGAAAUGAUGGACUUGAAGACUGAGGAUCACCCUCAGGCUGGUGAAGAAUCAGACCAAGGUCUGUCUAACGAUGCCACAGGGGACAACAAACCCGUCAAAACCGUUAAAGAAUUAAUUGCAUUCUAUUACUACUGGAAGCGUAAAGGUGCAGCCUCAGCCGCCUCACCUUCCAUGCUGGUCACUACUAAUCACCAGGGUGGUCUAACUGGAGCUGCAGUGAAUUUCGCAGCCGCAGUCGCUUGUGCAAAUGCAGAUGGUCAAUCCGUGCUGGGUAACGGGGCCAGUUUAAGUGGAGUGGUUAGUCAGAUUUCUUCACACCAGCCACAACAAUUACAGCAACAACAACAGCCGUUGGCAGGUGUUGGAGGCAAGCGGCGGAAACCAACGACCAGUCGGGGGAAUGCUCCUCGCGCAUCAACUCCGGCUAGUGAGCUCUCUGAAUCUGCCUGUGCAAGCUUACCCGACUCGGAAACAGACGGUCCACCCGAGGCAUGUAAGCGCCCAUUCUGCAUAAAUUCUGGUCCCACGUUCUUUCUAAUUAACGCUCCAUUUGUAGAUGAGACAUCGGAUUACAACGUGAUUGCAAAGGACGAUAAAGACUCCUUAUUCGAGGUAACUUCAAACAAACUAGCUGGAGCAGAACAAGACCUGCCCCCUUCCGGUCGCUUGCGUCGCCGAUUAUGUCGCAACUGUGCCAAAGAGUUGCCUUCGCCAACGGAUACACUUCAGCCUACUGGGGUGGGACAGUUACGUUUCUUGUGUCACGCGUGUCGUAAUCAUCUACAAAAAUACGGCGAACUGAAGUCAACAUCGCUUGCUGCGUAUCCGCCGCCUCAGUUGCAUAGUGAGGUCUCCCAUCCUCCAUCUUCCUGUGUGGAAACGACAGACGAAGGCAAGCCUAGCAUUGACCAUACUGCUACCGAUGAUCCAACUCAUGGUUCACCAGUAUCGCCUAUAGCCAGUCCAGUCUCCUGUUCACGUCACUCCUGGAAUCCGGACGCCCAGACAUCUUCAUUAUACUCGUCGACAUAUUCGCUAUGUCACUCCUCUCCAUGUUCGACUGCACUCGAUUCCGAGGACUAUUUCUCCUCUUCAUCAUCCCUGGAGUCCGAUUGCUCUUCGCCAUCGUCAGGUUCCCGUGCAAGUUCAGACACUGGACCCGAAACUGUUGGGAAAAACAUUGAGGGUCGCACUCUCCGAAAGCGUUCCAAGCGUCCGCGAUAUGAGAAUUAUCCCCACGCGUCUAUUCAUUCGAAAAUGCCUUGUGUAACGCAUCCUGAGGUCAAAGAAUCGAACGAAGUGGCUAACGCAGGAGUUUGUGGUGCGGCUACACCGCUCGUGACCAAAACUUCCCCUUCGUGGCCGCCAGCUAACUCCACCACCGGUGAGGAAUCUCACACUAGCCCUCUGCAGGUAACGAUCACCGCAAGCCAAUGGUCUCUUCCUGAUACAAAAAAACAGUUAUCCGGAUUCACUGCUGACAACAACGCGUCCCAUUCGCCAAAGGUUGAAGUAAGAGCGCGAUCUUCUCCCAUGCAUCAUGAGGUGGAGGGAGAUGAUGCUGGGGACGCAGAGAGUGAAACUGAAGUUGAAUUAAUGGCUCAUGUCUCGUCACUCACACCAUGCCUAAGGCAGAUACACCGAUCUACCUGGUCUCGUUUAGUUCGUAUAUGGGAUCGGUCCGUCACUAUACGAGUUCCCACAGACACCAACCGAACACUGUUCAAUGCUGGAAGCUGUUCGCGAACUGAUGUCAUCUAUGAUGGUCGCGGUUUAACGGAAGAAGAGCUAGCUGUGGCACGUCAUGAACUUUACUCGUGCCAUUUGGAAACAGCUGUGGGGCCUGGGGCGUUAACAAUCGGCUCGGGCGGUAAAACUGACGCAGCGGCGGAACCAUCCAAACAUCAGGUUCCACUAUCGGCUACUGCGUCUAGGAGAAAGUUUUUCCUAGUAGACACGGACGGACCGAUAAAAUGGCUGGUGUCAGAUUCUGCCUGUGAAUUGUCCUCAGCUGCAAUUCUAAGCCAAUUUCCCUUAGAAUCUUCGCGCCCGUCCGAAUCCCAUGGGUCAGUGAGUUGCCCUUUCGCAAUCUCGAAUUCUGGUGUACAUGAUUCGAGUGCUCUGAACCUCUCUGCCCGUACGCUGCAUUCGUCACCUACCCAACGCCUAGCUCCACCCUGUUCUCGAGCUUCGAGUUAUGAUGGCUCCGCCCUACUUGGUCAACAACACUCCUCUGUACAGUCUAGUGCGGCAUCCUCUUUCAAAAACCCUUCCACAUAUCUUCCCGCUGCCAGAACCUCGACCACACCCAACCAACCAUCUGGGAACAACGUUACACCCGCACCUUACGAUCCGUCUCCUACGCAGCAGCAAAUACAAGCAGCUUACGAACAAGCAAUGCUUCUUGCAGCGGCUGCCACGCAGCAUCAUUAUCAACAAGCAAAACUGACUGGUCAGCAGUCACGUGAAGCUCAUCAACAGUCGCAUAGACAGUUCGUGGCGUCCACCUCAGCGCAUUCUCCUCGCCCAUCUAGCACACACACAUCCAACGCCAAAGUUAGUGCAGCCCAACUUUCAGCGCGGUUGGGUGCUGCUGCUGGCACAUUUUACCCUCCUGCGCUGGUUGCUUCAACGUUAAAUUUGGUCUCUCCAACAGGGGGACGUCCGAUCACUGCUGGUCACGUUUCUUCUCAAUCUUUUCCGCCUACGUUUCUUUCCCCGACGCUACUUAACUCCCUUGGUGCUGGUGCUCAUGUACAUACCCCUAGCUAUCCAUCUUUCGUCAAUCCCGCUGUCAGCACUCCUGGGGAAGCGCUAUGGAAGAACCACGAUGCGCUUCAGUUGCAGCUAACCAUGAUGGGAUUGCUCCCACCUGCCACUUUGCCUGAUCCUGCUUUACUCUACGGGUCGGUGGAUCCUCGCGAAACUGAAGCUUUUCGGCUGCUGAUGGCCGAGAAGUUGACUCAUCUUCGCUACCCAUCGGCAAACCUGCCGGCGAAUGAUCAACAGGACUUUCUUACUACGGCAACUGAAAUGCUGCUACGCGCUCGUGCGAACCUGGGCGCAGGUGGUGGUACAUUCGGCGAUAGUUCGAAUGGUCAUACGAAUCCACUACUUUAUCCUCCUCCACCGGUAACCAACACAGGAGCGAUGACUUCUGCCGUGAACAGCAUAUCUACGCGUCCAACAGCCUCCGUUCAGUCACCCCACUAUCGCCAUUCGUCGGGUUCACACGCCUCAACGUUAGCUGCCUCAACAUCCAGUGCUCACUCUAGACUGCCCACUUCCACGACAAUUGCUAAUAGUUCAGUUUCCAGCGCCUCGUUUAGUCGCCAAAGUUCUAGCAUCUCGGCAGCCCAGCAGUUACAGGAACAAAUGUUCAAUGCCGCAAAACUUGCUAUGUUAGCGGCCAACAUGCAGUCUGACCCUAGUAAGGCGUUUACGUUUGCUGCCGCUCUGGCAGAGCUCGCUGCGCAUGAAAAAACCCAGAGCCAGUUGACUGUAACGCCCUCGCAUCUCGGUACUCAACCUUCGAAACCGAUAGGCAUGUCUCUUCCUCCGUUUGACAUGCGAAUUCCUGCUACCGGUGCCGGAAACAGCAGUAGUACUGGAGCUCACCCUGAUCGCCUUGGAUCUGCAUCCCCUUUCCGUCGUCGCCCAUCCGGUCCAUUUGGUGGAAUUACCUCCGGUUCACCGUCCCCGUCGCUCCUGCCCUCACAGACAGCUUGCGGUUUGCCGCCUAUCAGUAGGCCACUUGUGGGAGCUCCCACAAAUCAGUCACGAAUGAUGUCCAGUCCAACAGUUACAACUCCAUCGAACCGUUUCUCAACAGCCACCCCAUUGUUGAUUCCAAACAUGACUCCAAACUUUGCGAGCGUGUUCAACCCGGGUCAUAUCCCGUCACCAUCGCAACUGGCUCAAUUGAGUCAAUUGACACAUUCUGCUGGUUUAGCCCCCGGUCUGGGACUACAAGAUCCGGCAAUGAUGAAUGCUUUAGCACUGGCAGCAGCCGCAGCGUACGCUGCGGGCCCACAGCUCCCCGAUUUUACAGCAGUUGGGGAUUCGGACCACGGCGAUCGCCAUCGGUAUCCAGGCCAAAUAGGCAGCUCCGUAUCACGCCAUCCGACCUUUCACCAACAGCAACAACAAGCUGCCGCAGCAGCGUUUGCUGCCCUACCACAAUUUAACAUCGGAGGACAUCGGCUGCCAUCCUCCCAUCGGUAG